GGCAGGCUCUUCACUAGGGCGUGAUCUUGAUAGAUAAGAAUAUGUAUGAAGAAAUUGAAAUCGCGGUAGGAUCAAAAUAUCCAAGUACCAUUGACUCAUACGAGGCUCGCUCCUGUAUCGGCGAUGAAGGCGACGGCUAUACAAAUACUUUGACAACCCCACAGUCAACUCUUCCAUCCAUCACUUUCUAUCAACACAACAACCACGAUAUCAAUUGAGGCUCAAAUUAUACAUUGAUCGUUUCCUCAAUCUACAUUCGUCUUGAAAACACUCGUCACACUCAACUGCGCCUGACAUUUCACUGCUGAAAGGCUUCUUCAUCACACAUCGCCAACAUGAGCGCUCAAGACAUGACUCCUCCGGCCUCUGGCACCGCCACGCCUACUGCUAAGUCAUUGACCAAGGCUGGUAUUGCCCACAACCUCGAAUCCAACGCACAAACCGCACAGCUCGACGCCUCAAAACUGAAGAUCUCCAUGACCAACUCACCGAGAGAUCCCCCAGCUGCUGGCAGCGAGGAACUCAAGAAGAUGCGUACCUGCACCGACCACAUGAUCACCGCUCGCUGGACUCUGGAAGAUGGAUGGGACGCUCCCGAACUCAAGGCUUAUGGUCCCUUGAGCAUCAUGCCUACUGCUUCCGUUCUUCACUACGCAACCGAAUGUUUUGAGGGUUUGAAGCUGUACCACGGAGAGGACGGCAAGCUGCGUUUGUUCCGUGUCCGUCGCAAUUGCGAACGUCUGCGCAGAAGUGCUGCCCGUAUCUCCCUUCCCGACUUCCCCGCCGAGCAACUCGAGAUCCUCAUCAAGAAGCUCUGCGCUACCGACGGUCCCAAGUGGCUUCCCAACAAGGGUGGCUUCCUCUACUUGCGUCCCACUUUCAUUGGCACAGACCCCGGUCUCGGUGUUCAGGUCCCUAAGGAGGCUCUGCUCUACGUGAUCAUCGCUGUCUUCCCCGACUGGUCUGAUCCUCGCAACCUGCCCGCUGCUUCUGCCGUCAACCCCGACCUUAGCGAGAAGGUCACCAAGGCUCAAGGCCUUAAGCUUCUUGCCAGCAAGGAGGACUCCAUCCGUGCAUGGCCCGGUGGUUUCGGUUACGCCAAGCUCGGUGCCAACUACGGUCCUUCGCUCGUCGGACAAGGUGAAGCCCGCGCUCGUGGCUACGACCAGAUCCUCUGGUUGUUCGGAAACAACGCCAGCGUCACCGAGGCCGGCGCCAGCAACUUCUUCGUUGUCUGGAAGACCAAGGAGGGCAAGCAGCAGCUCAUCACCGCCCCUCUCGAGGACAACCUGAUUCUCGAGGGUGUCACCCGCGCCAGUGUCCUGGACAUCACCAGAGACCGUUUGACCGCCGCCAACGCCUCCAAGUACAAUGUCGACAGCCUCGAGGUCAUCGAGCGCAAGUUCACCAUGCAAGAGAUCUUGGAUGCCUAUGAGGAUGGUCGUCUCGUCGAGGCCUUCGCCGCCGGAACCGCCUACUUCGUCGCCCCCGUCGGUCUGAUCGGCUGGAAAGACCACGAGCUCGAGAUCCCCUUGAUCGAAGGCAAGACUGGCGCCUACGCCAGACUCAUCCGCAGCUGGCUCUCCGACAUCAUGUACGGCAAGGAGCAGCACGAGUGGGGUGUUCUCGUCAACGAGGCUUAGAGUGCCCGUAACGACAUUGACGAGCAGUCGUUUCUCAGAGAUAGAAUACACGAAUUUCUUGUGGGUUAUCCCAUCGUUGUUGCCCUUGAGCUUCGAUUCGGCAUUGACCGUUCUCUCAAGAGUUUGCUUCGUAUGGAUGCUUUCGAUGGGAUACAGGCUGGCGUCAUGACUGGGCUCUUGAUGAUUAUGUGUUCUCUUCUCAUUGGCGUUCUUUUGGUCGGACGUUCUACAGGCUCUAUCAUCAUCAUCCAGGGCCUCGUUGCCGUCCUGCUUAGCCUCUGGAGAUGAGUAGAUGCGGAGCGGGAGUUGAUGGGAAUGGGAAGGAGAAAAAGGUAUCACCGCGAGGACACAAACAUUCUUGAGAAAGAGAAAGAGCAGACACAACUCAGUUUAGAAGCCAGUCACUAUCACGAAUAAAAACAAUGAUCAUUUCCACUACCACUACCACUACCAACAAAGUCAUCUACUUCCACUAAGCAUAGUUUUCCGUCGGCUGC